AUGAGUGCACGGUCGGUUUGCAUCGCCGCGGCGAAGGGUUACCGCCGAUCGGGGUUAGGCUGUAAUCCGUACCUUCUUCGUUCCUGCGUGUGUAGAGUUCAAAGCCCAGGCUCGGCCGGGUGUCGUGCUCCCAAUGUGGCCAGCAGUUCGUCAGCCUCGACAACGCACGCACGCUGCUCAGUACGUGCGUGUGGCCGGGAAUGCAGCGCUCGCUUGCUCUUACCGAGCAAGCGGACGCCUUCCUCGCGCGCUGCUUUCUUUUAGCAGAGCGAGCUGGCGCGGCGUGGGUGGCACAGGCUAAGAGCACUCGGGCGGUGUUUUCUCAAGGCAUACAAACUUGGCCGCACGCGGACAUACACACUGGACCUGUGUAUUUCGCAUGAUACGGAGCACCGUUCUUCUUGCCAUUGAUCGACAUCGCCCGGGCACCUGGACAGCUCGCGGCUAAAUCGGCGAUAACGCGCGCGCCCGGCACGAGCAGCGUCGUGAGACUUAGCGCGUGCGCCGGGCUGGCCAGGGGCUGGCAUGAGCCUCUCUGCGGAGUCGCCAUGCAGCACGUCUCCUCGGCCGAGUCGUCCGACACGGCGUCGUACGAGAGCGAAGGAGAGGGGGCGGCUGGUGGCGGUGGCGGUGGCGGCAAGCGUUGGGGUCGCGUGUUUGACCCGAGUGACAGCGGAGACGAGGGCACCGUAACUGAGGUGCGCAGCUCCCCGUGCCCAGCCGACGAAGGGUGCCGCGAAGCCGCUGAAAAUGACGAAAUUCCAUUGCAUCUGCUAAACGAAGUCCUGUGUUCCGAGAGGGUGGGGCAGAUGACCAAGACCUACAGCGAUAUCGACGCAGUGACGCGCUUGCUGGAGGAGAAAGAGCGUGACCUGGAGCUGGCAGCGCGCAUCGGGCAGUCGCUCCUCAAGAAGAUCAAAGUACUCACGGAGCGCAAUGAGAUCCUGGAGGAGCAGAUCGAGCACACCACGGAGGAGGUGGCGCAGCUGCGCCACGACUUGGCCUUGAAGGAGGAGCUCCUGCACAUCUACACGAGCACGGCCGACGAGAAUGACAACGACACGGAGGAGUCCUCGCCGCCGCCGAUGGAGAGCUCUGGCUGCUCGCUGUCCAUCGGUCAGAAUGUCCUGCACAUGGACAGCUUCCACCGCAAGCUCAAGGAGCUGGAGGAUGAGAACUUUUCACUGCUCUCAGAGGCCUCUCAUUUGAAGAAUGAGACUCUGGACUACGAGGAGAAAGAGCAGCAGCUGGUGACGGACUGCGUGCGGGAACUAAGUAUGUUCCAGGAGGAAAUGCGAGCGUCGAGUGCGCACAUCGCGCAGCUCACCGAGGAUCUGUCACGGCGCAGCGAGGACGCGCUGAGGCAGCAGGAGGAAAUCACCCAGCUGCUCUCCCAGAUCGUCGACCUGCAGAAGAAGGUCAAAACGUACUCGGCCGAAAAUGAGGAGUUGUCACAGCAUCUGGGAGCAGCUAAGGAUGCUCAGAGACAGCUCACAGCUGAGGUGCGGGAGCUGCAGGAGAAGCUGGCGGAGUGCACGGACAUGCUGCACGAGGCGCAGGAGGACGCGAAGAAUCUGCGCAACCAGAUCGCCCCGAGCACCACCCCGUACCGCUGGUUCCACCCGCUCGCUCAGUUCCCCCGGGACUCGUUGGCUGCUGAAAUCGAGGGCACCAUGAGAAAGGAGUUGCGAUGGGACGAGCUGGGUCAUAAGGGCCACCAGAAGCGCGUGUUCGACACGGUGCGCAUCGUCAACCAGACGGCGCGGCGCUCCGCCUCCUGCUGCCUCUCUCCGCUCCCCAUCCCGGGCUCGAACCAGACUUCGGCGAGAGCGUCGCGGCCCCACAGCGGCACGGCGUCGCCGCGGUCCGGCCUCUACGGCUCGGACUUCUCCUCCGCGGCGCUGCUCGACAACCGCAUGCGCAGCCUCCUUCUGGACGUCGACGCCCUCAACCACAACGAUGACAGGCGGCCGGGCCAGCCGGGCACGCCAGGCUCGCACGACCUGGAGACUGCUCUGCACCGCCUGUCGUUGCGGCGCGAGGCCUACCUGAGUGAGCGGCGCUUCAUGGAGGAGGAGUGGGAGCGCCGUCUCGCCGAGCUGGCUUCGGGCCGCGACGGCGCCGGCAGCGCCGGCGGCGGAAGCGGUCGCCCCCCGACGCCGGGCUGCGGCAGCGGCAACGACGGCGACGGCGGUCGACUGUCGGACAGCGCUCACUCCUCGUCCGCCUCGUCGGCGUCGGUCGACUCGCACUCGUCCAUGUCGCUGGCGUUCCGCUCGUACCUGCCGGACAAGCUGCAGAUCGUCAAGCCGCUGGAAGGCUCCAUGACGCUGCAGCAGUGGCAGCAGCUGGCCCAGCCGCACCUGGGCGGGAUCCUGGACGCGCGCCCCGGCGUCAUCACCAAGGACUCGUGGCCGACCCUCCCCCCACCCUCGUGGGGUCAUCCCAUCUACCGGAUGAGCGACUACGAGGAGGACGAGCCAGUGUACUUCCCCGGCAAGUGCGUGUCCCAGACCAACUACACGUAUACGCUCACCACGUGUCGAAUCAUGCACCCCUCGGAUGUGACGGCCAUCACCACCAGCGGAUCUGGCAGCCUCGCCACGAGGCUGUUUGACAGCGUAGCGUCCAGCCCCGUGCCGUCCCGCCGCGCCAGCCUCGCCGAGUCCUUCACCAACGCCCGCGAGUCGACCCGGACCUGCAGCGCGACCCUGCGCCUGCCGGAGCUGCUCCAGGAGCGCGGCAUCUCUGCCGCGUCGCCGCCGCCGCCACCGCUGGCGGAGCAGCGGCAGCAGUUGGCCGCCGCGCACGGCAUGACGAGCCGCCCCCGAACGUUGCCCCUGGCCACGGCGACACCGCCCAACUCGCCUUUGCGUGCCGACUUGCCCUCUCCGCUCUUGUCGCCGCUCGCUUUCCCGCCGCUGGGACAGCCGGCCGAGGUGUUCCUGGCCUCCAAGCCGGCCACGGCAGUCCUCAAGGAGGUCAUGGGUCAACAGAGGCUGACGAGCAACACGGGAAGCCAGACGGAGCUCAGUGCCAACCACUUCACUCUGGUGCAGAGGCUGAGGAAGCUGGGCAUCGGCUCAUCGAACGUGGGCGUGCGCGGCGGUGGUAGCGCAAGCAGUGGUGGCGAUGACGGUGGUGAUGCCGACAGCGGUCGUAGUCGUGAUGGCGAUGGCUGCGAUGGUGCUGCCGCUGCUACAUCAGCAUCAGCGGUUGCCAAGCCCUUGGCUGCAAAGUACGUGCAGAUACUGGAGCGACUCACGCAGUCAUUCGCCGGACGGCUGCGACCUGCUCUUGCGGGCAUGACGGAUUCGAUUCGCGGAGCUGGCGAAAGUAAGUGCGGACAUUAUCAUAGCAGCGGAGACCACGAUAGUUGCACGGGCAGGGAAAUGAUGGAUCCCGACGCCUGCCGUCGUGUCAUCAGCCCCGAAGUGCCGUGCGGUGGCCUCAAGAGGUCCGCUGUCCGACCCGACGAAGUUGAAUCGCGCGAGUCGAAGGUGGCAGCCGUUGGACUGGCCUGCGCACUGGGGUUCACGGAUAGCAGCGAGCCUGCACGGGUCCACUUGCGCGGGGCUUGUGGAGAUGACGACCGAGCCGACCGUUGGAACGUUGAGUGUGACUUGGUGAACAGCAAGUCGGCCGAAAAGCCAGUGUCUAGGCACGGGAUGAAGCGGUCUCUGAGCCUGAACAGCGCGGUGUUGAUAGGGGGAAGGUCUCCCCCGCAGACCAGCCCUCCAGGGCUGGCUGGGAUCAUGGAACUCUAACAAGCGAUCUCGGCGAUGCGAGCAACUGACGUGUGCGUAAUGACCUGCGCAGAAUGCACUGUGUAAAUAUAUCGUGUGCCUAACUGUAUUAUAAUGAAACGCAAUUGGUAUAUUGCAUGGAUGAAAACGGCCUUUGAUUGGUGCAUUGUUACGGCAGUUGUUGUGUAGUUAACACGGUUAACAAGUGUGUUCGGAUUGCAUUUAAAUACCAAAAGUUAAGAACAAAACAAGGACGACUGCGAUUAUCAUGUACAUCGUUUGUUCCAUAUUGCACUUGAAUAUGUCCAUGUUUUAUCUUCUCUACGUGUAUAGCGGGUGUGGUUGUACAGGUGUAUGUCUUCGUUUUGCUUGUAUAUAUGUACUUUUUUUUAUUACUUUUAUUUUCUCAUCUGGUAGAGUUACACAAAGCACGUUUUUAUAAUCACCCUCGAUACACUGUUUGAGUUUACAGAGCUUCCAUAAACACCGUCAGCUUAUGUGUAUCGCUAUAGUUGUAAGCAGAAGAAACCCUUAACAUCAGCACUUUAACAUAUCAUUACUUUCAACAUCACAGCCACCUUAAAAAUCAAUGUUAUUUAUCUGCGAUGCACAGAAAACAUGCAGCGCACUACAUCUGUAAAUUAUCCACCACACAUGUUAAACCAGGAACUUUUUUAACACCCAACACCGUGCAUCCCAAACUGUAGAAGACGGUGUGGUUUUAAGCUGAAUGCAACAUGCAAAGAACAAAGGACACCAUUGACUCCGAGUGCCAUCCAGCCAAGGUUAUGGAUUAUUGCCAGGAUAAGUGCUCGCAUGGGAAAUGGAACUAGGAUGAGGCCAGGAAAAUCAUACAAUCUAAGGUUUGAAGAACUCGAGAUACUAAAAGAGACAGCGAGGAAGAGUAUGAUGGAGAAAAAGCAUUUUAAUAGUUGAUCAAACAGAGCAGUGUUCAUGGGAGGGGAAAACAAGAAUGAGCUGUCCUGCAUAUGCGAGACAGCGUGACAGCAGGAAAUGCGAGUGAGAGUAAGAUAACGCAGAGGUGUUGGAACAGCAGAUAAUUAACACCUUGCUACGACCAGUUUUAAACUGACACACUUCACACUGGUUUAGGCUUCCAUGAACUGUGCAGCCUGUAGGCGACAAUUCCCCAAUCCCUUUGGUGGGAAAGAUUUUGUGAGGUUAGGUGCGGUGAGGUAUGGCGGGUUGUUGUUUUGCAAGUAAUUCCUUAAUUAGGUCUAAACCUUACACUAUGAACUAUGACAAAAAAAAAAAACUUUGUCAUAUAUUAAGGUUGAGUUUACAAUUUUAAAAUCUAAAAUUUUUUCUCCAUUUGUUGCUGUUUUAAAAGAAAUGUGGUUAUUGAACGACGUGGUAAACUUGUGCUUCUCACCUAGUAAAUACAAACACAACUUUGCCUACCAUUCGAAUAACCCACACUGGUGCUGUUCGGGUAAACAGCCAAGGUGACCCAUUUUUAAUUGGCUGCCUAAAACUGGUCAUGGGAAUGAGUCGGAAGUCACCACUCGUGGUGGUCACUGGGGCUUGUGGCCUGGCCCGGCUGCAGGACAUCGAGUGCGCGUGCAAUAUCACCAUCCUUGGUCUGAAGCGGACGGACGAGCCAUGCUCCCUCGUCUCGAGAAGCCCGUGGAAAGCGUCUGCGGCAGAGCUUUUCGACCGGACGUGACUCGGCGUCGUUAGGGAGGAUGGGGUAAGCGGCGGCCUCCCUCGGUCCUCCGUCGUCCUACUCGCGUCAUCCCCAGGUGUCACAUUGCUCCACUCAUCAUCGCAUUGUUUGCAUAGAGGUUCCCAAAGCUUGUAGAGGCCCCAACACUUGUGUUAAAUCCCCCCCCAUGGGAUAGCACAACCCCCAACAUGCAUGGCAGCCAAAAUUAAAGGAAUGCGAGGACCCUUGGGAGCCACGGCAUCCGUGUCGUCCAUGUGGGCAAGGGGCGCCAUGUGGCCAAGGGGCACCAUGUGGUCCAGUGGCGCGAACCCAUCCCCAGGCACGAGGCCCUUGCUGCUGCCAGUUAGGGAACGGGAUGCCCUCUGUGCCCUCCGUUCCGCCCGUGCUCGCUGUGCCCACCGUGCCCACGCCGUGCACCCUGAUCGAGUUUGAUGUACGCGCGGAACACAUCCUCGGAAAGGUUGCCCAGAGCUUCCGUAACCUCCUGGUCACUGGAGAAUGCGAUGAAUGCCAUCAUCAAAAUCCUUGUAAUGCAUGGUGAAGCUUGCAUCGGCCGAGGAUGGGAAGGCCUGGGCAAUGUUCCCCUUGAGGUAGAUGAAGCUGCUGCUUGCAUCCACGUCCAUGGCCACGUGGCGAGUCUCCGGACGAGACACGUGCUUGCGCAGCAAAAUUAGCGUUUACGGUGAAGGCCAUCGUUGAUAUCGGUCGGCGAAGGGGCCGCCUCGCUACACUUGACAAGGGACAGCUUGUUAAGGUCAGCCGAGAGAGACCAAGGUGGGAGCGAAAGGAUCAGUCUUCUCAGCGAGCUUGCUAAAGGCCCUCUGUUUAUGUGCGAUGCACCACUGACAUAGUGCCAUCCCCCCCGUGUACGUUGUAUAAAGUGUAUAUAAUAUGUACAUAUUUAACAAAUAAUUUAUAUGUGCUCAAAAGGAAUUUAAAGCUUUACUGCCAGUUGUGCUUCUAACAUUGAAUCCUUUGUCGCUCGGUGUUAAAUGAUGCCACUCAACAUGUUUUUACUUUGAUAAAAGCAAAGGGAAUGCUUAUGAUAGCAGAUGCAGACAGUUGGUAGGGUAGUACAGUAUGCACUUUUUGAAACAAUGAGGCCGAAUUGUGAAUAUUAAAAUUAACUGAAAGCGUACUUGAAAAGUGGACUCACUAUGCACUUGGAGUAUACAUUGGGAAGCUGCGUAAGUAUUCAUGAACACGGGUUCAGCCUCAAGUGUCGGCAUUGAAACCUGCGUUCCUGUGAAUCUGUUUUCCAGUCCCUACCUGUGGGGAAACCGUAAUUCACGUGUUUCAAUGGGAAUUCUAAAUGAUACUGGGCUGCCGAAUGUGACCUGGGAACACUUUCAAAAGUAAAAUCGAAGUGUCUCCCUGCUGAAGUGAGCAUGGGGUGAUGGUCAUAUCCAUUGGCGCGACCCUGACCCCGCGGAUUAAAUUCCACAUGUUAUGGGGGGGGGGGCAUCAACACAUGUUACGUUACCCUUAAAUCGUUUAACAGAUUAAAGGCCUGAUGCAAGAAGGGGUGAACUGAAGGUUUAACUAAUCACAGCAUCCAUUACCAGCCUCCUGCUGAAUGAAGGCCUCAACCACAUUGUGACCAUCCGUCACGGCCUUGCGAGUGAUCCACCUCGCUGCUGCCUGCCGUACACGGGCUUGGCUCAUCGCCCCCAUCCCUGCGGCGUGCGUGUCCCAUGCGCGUGUCCUUUCUGUUGGCUGCCAAUGCAUCACCAGCCUCCUCCAUUGGCCAUCAUCCUUUCUGUCCAUCUCUCCUGCUCGAGGCCACUUAAGCUUCUUAGCAGUCAAUACGAUGUCUCAGUAAUUUGCUUCGAUUUUCUGGUUAUUGAGUUCCGCUACUUGCCCGCUCACGUCCCUCCAUGCACUUUUCAAUUUCUUUUCCAGCGUCCACCUUUUCGAUUCGUAUGUCUAUCGUGCGUUAAAAUACUCAAAUGUCAGCUUGCUCGAUUGAGUGUGGGGUGGCGCUCCUCACCGUGGAAAUUCGACAUUCCUGUGGCAGGGGCCAGGCUGUCCAUAGGAAGGACAGUUGGGCACUGACUGCACAUCGAGCUUUCAAGCUGCCGAGUCGGUCGCUCUGCCACAGUGCCAUUCAGCCAGAUUAAUAAUACGCAUGCUUAUUAAUAACAUUUUCUUUUUUUUCCUGUGUGGACUGAAUACAAUUGGAAGUGGGUAAAUUUGGGAGAGAUUUGGGUUAGAUAACAUUUCUGAGUUAAAAUCCCAGUUUGGGUCAAGUUGUCCGCAUCUAUCACCAGCAGCUGUCAUCUGGACCUCAGUACCCUGUUCAAAGCCACGUGGAAUUUUCUCCCUCGGCUCAGCACUGACAAUGGAGAUCAACAAGCAUCGCUCCGAAAAACAAGGAUAUUAACGUUUGAAACGCAGCGUUAAUGUGCCAGGAUACUUACAUAUUCUGCAUAGAAUAAUUUGUAUUAUCAACACUACAAUCGAAAAUACCAUGUAUGCAAAUUAGAAGUCAAAAACAGUUUGAGAACAUCAAGGGUGUUCUAGAAAUACCGAGGCAAUUCUGGAGUGGGGUACCGAGUUAAUUCUAUGAAGACCAAAUGUAGCCCCUUUAGAGCUAGCAAUAUUAUUUAUAUAGACUUUUAUAGUAUAACAACAUAAUAAAGUGAUAAAAAGGACGAAGCCACUGAAAUUCACAAUCCAAUUUCGAAACGCAACAUCCAACGCUUCCUGUGGAGUCGCAGUCGUAACCACCACGAUGCAUUGGGAAACUGCCCCGGCACCUUGCACGCGGAUCCAACGUCGAUGUCCAUUGCCAGUGAGUUCCCUUGGCCGUGCGUGUGGGACGCGGUCCACCCAGCCACGUUGUUACGAAGACACCACCUGUUUCUGUGCCCACGUGUUCACAGUGGUGCAAGUUUAUAUAACACACCUUGACUACUUGCAUCUUCCUUCAUGAAGUUAGUUGCGUUAUAUGGUGUAUAAUCAAGUACGUAUUAUUGUAUACAUUGUGCACUAACUUGUGUACAGUUUUGUAUAUAUUGCUGUAUAUUGCUGCGAUACUGUGUGUACAAACCAAAAUAUUGUAUAUAUAUGGUAAACGGUAGACAUAUAUGCGUGCCACCACACCAUGUAUAAAAUAGUCUUUACCGUACUGUAUAUAAUGUAUAAACAAUUACAAAGGUCCCCCAUGUAGCCGUCUAGCCCGAUGGGGCGAGUGCUGUUUGCAGACAUCUGAGAGUGCCGGCAGAGCACCGGGGAGGCUUGCAGUGGGCAGCAACACGCAGCACGUCUGGCCAGUGUCGCCUCCCCAUCACGAGAUUGACACUCCGCGCGAGGUACUCAUUUUUAAGGCUUACCUACCGCGAGUCAAUCUGGGGAGUUGAAGCCAAGUUGCACUAUAACAGAGCACUUAACUGAAAUUGGGUCAAUCCGAGUUAAAAUCUUGGUGGGAGGUUGAUACACUCCCCCUCCCCCCAUCAUUCCUCUGCUGCCGAAACAAAGUGCCACUUUAUGGAAAGUCAAAACGACGACUUUGUAUCAAUCGGUUGGUCCCCGUGAUAGGAAUAUGGAAUUGCCACCACUGGCUUGAAUUUCAAGCCCCUCGAGAGAAAAGAGGGCCGUCCAGUGCACGUUUAAUGGAGAGACAUUGAGGCCCUGGCCAUAAGCCGGUUCAGACACCAAUUUACACUAGCGCUGUAUUGGACCAAAGCGUGAACACUGGUCCUCGACAAAGGUCAGUGUGCGAACCCCCCCACCACAGCACCACAGGCCCAGAUCUACACCAGAAAAACCAAUGCCCGCUUUGGUCAUCAGAGUUGCGAAAAUGCAAUAAACACAAAUCACGAGCUGCAGUUUCUGUUUUAUGCGAUGUUUUGAAAUGCAACCUAUAUAUCGUUGAAUUGAUUCACACACACACACGUGUUUUCAUGCUUUUCCGCUGGACUUAAACUGACGGAGCGCUUUGGCAUCUGUGAGCUUUGUUCAUUGACGCAAGUUGUACAUAUUGUCUCUACUUUUGCAAAUGCAUAACGUAAAUUUUUUUGUGGGUUUUUAAAAAAUAAAAUUCUCAGCUUCGUUAAAUACGUUUUUUUCCCCUCCAAGUCGUGCAAUAAACAUGUCAGUCCGUCAGUUGA